AUGUUAAACCUCGUCUUCUUCUCAUGGGGCUCCGCCGGCAAGUGUUCUCCCUCGGCUCUCUCAAAUCAUGGAGAUAUUGACUGGUGGUCUAGGAGUGGGAAAUCCUCUAUUGCCAGUGUGGUGUUCCAUAAGAUGCCGCCUAAUGAGACUCUCUUCUUGGAGUCUACCACUCGAAUUCAAAAGGACUCGAUCCACUCUUUCAUGGACUUUCAAGUCUGGGAUUUCCCGGGUCAGCUCGAGUACUUUGAGUCUGCCUUUGACCUCGAGGAUAUAUUCGGGAGCUUAGGUGCCCUAGUUUGGGUGAUCGACGCACAGGAUGACUAUCUGGACUCGGUGGCACGGCUCAAUCGUACUAUCCUGACUGUCCAGCAGUUUUACCCCGGAAUCAACAUAGAGGUCUUCAUCCACAAAGUCGAUGGGCUGUCGGAUGAGUAUCGCACGGACACGUUCCAGGACAUUGUGCAACGCAUCUCCGAUGAGCUCAGUGAUGCAGGUUAUGAGAACGCGCCCGUGCACUAUUAUCUCACAUCCAUCUAUGAUUACUCGGUCUUUGAGGCCUUCAGCAAAGUGAUCCAGAAGCUGAUACCCAACUUAUCCACACUUGAGAAUCUCAUCAACACACUCGCCAACAACUGUGGAUUCGAAAAGACAUAUCUCUUUGAUGUGUUGAGUAAAAUUUAUAUCGCCUCUGAUACCCGUCCUGUUGAUAUGGCUUGCUAUGAGAUGUGCUCUGAUUAUAUCGAUGUCAUAGUCGAUAUUUCCGAGUUGUACUCAUGGGAUCACCCAGACCGCAAGCGAUUAGGCGACCAGAUCCAAGAAGCCGAAAGCCACGUGGUGCUCCAUGAUCAAACCAUGAUUCACUUGAUGGAGAUGAACAAGUACUUAUGUUUAGUUUCGGUGAUCCGCAAUCCCGAAGCCAAGGACAAACGGGGUCUGAUUGACAUGAACUGCCGUACUUUCCAAGAUGCUCUGAAUGAAGUGUUCUCGCGCAGCUGGGAAGAAGGGUCAGCGGUACAACAAAGGGGAUCUGCCGCUGGAAGCAAGUGA